AGUGGCGCUGGACUCUGCUUUCCGACCACGAUGAUAUUCUCAUGCACUUACGUACCACCGACUGCACUUCAAAUGUCAACUUGAAGCUUAAGGGUUGAAUAGCUAAAUGUGCAGUAUACGAGAGGCUGACUUGAUCACGGGCUGCAGAACCGCAUGUCAUGCAGACGCAUCCCGAAGCAAGCUAUCAAAUACCCGCUCCUAGCAGUUAUAAGUACGAUGUGACGUUGAUAUGUCGCAGCUGGACGCUCUUAGCCCAAUCAUGAACAUCUUGGGUGUUGUUUUCUUCGCCGUUUUCGCCUGCAUUCAAAGUAUUGAUGCACUUGACUUUCGAGGUCUACAUUCCCUAGUCCAGCGCAGGCUUCCCCAGCAUGCCAAGGAUUUUACUUUCGAAGCGUUGCCCGAGAAAGGAGACAAAUACAUAGUAGGCGAUACCGUUGGUAAACGAGGUGCUGUCACCAUCUCUUGCACGUCCAUCAGUGCUUGCUCUCGCGGCCUAUAUGUGUAUCUAACUGACUUUGGUGGAGUCGACAUUUGGUGGACUGGUUCUCGAUUGCACGAGUUACCUUCCAACCUUCCACCUGUCGGCAAGCCCGUCACCGGCGAUGCUGUGGUAGAGAUUAGGUACCAUUUCAAUACCGUUACGUUCGGGUAUACUACCGCCUUUUGGACGUUCGAGAAAUGGUCACUGCUCUUGGAUUGGCUGGCAUUGAGAGGCGUAAACCUCCCUUUAGCAUGGAUUGGCUACGAACACAUUCUAUCUGAGGUAUUCCAUGACACAGGACUAUCGGACACGGAGAUUGCAAGUUUUCUUGCAGGACCAAACUUCCUACCAUGGAAUAGAUUUGGUAACAUCCAGGGAAGUUGGGGCGGAAAUCUACCAACGCAAUGGGUGGAAGAUCAGUUUGUUCUUGGAAAGCAGAUCAUUCAACGUAUGGUCGAGUUAGGCAUGACUCCAGUUCUCCCGUCAUUCACUGGCUUCGUACCUCGCGCCUUGGCUACUCACUAUCCUAACGCAUCGAUAGUCACUGGUGGACAAUGGUCGGGUUUCGAGAGUAACCUGACCGACGUGUCUUUCCUGGAACCAUUCGAUCCUCUCUUUGCAGAGCUGCAAAAGUCGUUCAUCCUUAAACAGCAGGCUGCGUACGGCAACGUCUCACACGUUUACACUCUUGAUCAAUACAACGAGAACGAUCCGUUCAGUGGUGAUAUUUCCUACUUGCGAAACGUCUCAUCCAACACCUUUUCCAGCCUGAGGGCGGCGGACCCUGAAGCUGUCUGGCUGAUGCAGGGAUGGUUGUUCUUCAGCAGUUCUACGUUCUGGACGAACGACCGUGUUGAGGCGUACCUUGGAGGAGUCGAAGGAAACGAUACGAUGAUCGUCCUCGAUCUUUAUUCAGAAGCUCAGCCCCAAUGGAAUCGCACGAAUAGCUACUUUGGAAAACAAUGGGUAUGGUGCGAGCUCCAUGACUAUGGUGGGAAUAUGGGAAUGGAGGGAAACCUUGAGGAACUCACCAAUGGCCCAAUCACUGCUUUGCAAGCUCCUGGAAGCUCGAUGAAAGGUGUAGGAUUGACGAUGGAGGGUCAGGAAGGUAAUGAGAUCGUGUAUGACAUCUUAUUGGACCAGGCAUGGUCAUCGACGCCUCUUAAAGUAUCUGAUUAUGUCGCUCAAUGGGUCUCUCGACGUUAUCCUGUCCAGCCACUCCCUGCUGCGGCUCAGAAAUCGUGGCAAAUUCUGAGCACGACGGUCUAUAACAACAAAGACCCGAAUUCCCAAGCGACUAUCAAGAGUAUUUUGGAACUUAGUCCAGCCCUGACAGGCUUGGUAAACCGGACAGGACAUCACCCGACAUUGAUUCCGUAUACAACAAAUACAACCAUCCUCCCUGCGUUGAAAUUACUCCUUCAGGCAUCUGACGUUUCGUCCACCCUUCGUAACGUCCCCGAAUACAGAUACGAUAUUGUGGAUAUCACUCGCCAGCUCCUUGCAAACAGUUUCGUUGACCUUUACCGACAUCUUAUCACGGUAUACAACAACUCCACUAGCUCUCAUGAGCAUAUCAUGUCUACUGGAUCAAACCUUGUACGUCUUUUGGGAGAUCUGGACAGGUUGUUAUACACAAACGAAAACUUUCUGCUGAGCACUUGGAUCGCUGAUGCUCGUCAGUGGGCAGGCAACGGUCCUCGCGCAAACACGUCAUACGCCGCCUAUCUUGAAUACAACGCACGCAACCAGCUCACUCUCUGGGGACCUAAUGGGGAAAUCAAUGACUAUGCAACAAAACAGUGGGCAGGUCUUGUCGGGGAGUACUAUUCUCAGCGUUGGAAGUUGUUUGUGGAUUACCUGGCAGGCAUAAAGCAGAGCGGCCAACCAUAUGAUGCCACCUAUAUCUCGCGGCAGUUGCUUGCUAUUGGACAGACGUGGCAGGUGCAGAAGUGGCGUGGCACUAAAGGGCAAAGCUGGGGUACUAAAGGUGACACGUUCGACGUAGUAGAAGAAGUGCUUCGAGCUUGGGCAUAGCAUUUAUUGUGUAGAAGUUUGACGAUAUCACGACGGUAAUCCAAGAUCACAGACGAAAUGACCCAACAACAUUGUACAAGGGUUUUGCUACAAGCCUGCUAUGGUACGGACGAAAGGUCCAUUCCAACAUC